AUGAAAAGUCUCAGUGACUGUAACGACAUUAAUGUUGCCCGCAAUGAUGGUGCUGUUAAAAGAUACGUUGAAGAAAAAGAAGUUCUGAACAAAAACGCCUUCAAUUAUUCCGGUGCUCAUUUCAAAUGGACAAAACCAAACUGGCAAGAUUACAAGGUCGAACAUCCGAUUGCUGUUCGGCAUGUUAAACGACUUCAAGAACUUGGUUUGAAAGAUCCUUGGGUCAGUCUGCGUUGCACAAAGGGUGCCACUGCAAUGCAUUUUGUCUAG